AUGUGGGAAGAGUCCACGCGGGGGCGGGAGGGGCAGUCGGACGUGUCCCAUCGGUCAAAAGAGCAAGGCCGGUACGGUGAAGGUGGUGAUGAGAAGUUUUCAAGCGCGGCCGCGACGAGAAAGAAUGCGGACAAGAUCAGAUGUCUGGAUGGGCUCCGCGGUGUUGCCUGUCUUCUUGUCUUCAACUACCACUUCCUAUGGCCAUGGACACCAGCCAUCAUGCUGGGCUAUGGAGCCAUGCCCCCCGGAUCACCUGAGCCGUACUUCGAGCGGUCAUCCUUGCCCAUUCUAUGUCUAUUGCAGCGUGGACGCCCAAUGGUAGCCAUCUUUUUUGCCAUUUCGGGAUAUGUCCUUUGUCGGCAUAUCCUGAGGGCCAUUCACGAGCGACGCCUCGAAGCCGCGUACCAGAGUCUUGCGUCUUCCGUCUUUAGACGUGUGUUCCGUCUGUACAUCCCCCCUACUAUCAGCAUGUUCUUAGUAGCCAUGCUUGCACAGAUGGGAGCCUUCCGGUCGGAAGAUGACAUCUACAAGGGCCCCGACUCGAGGUAUAUCAACGGCACUGUGACAGUUGCUCAGUUGAACAACACUUGUAUGAAUGGGACGCAUGCAGUCGAGGGAGCCCCUGGCAUUGCGAAAUACCUGGGGCUAACGACCCCUGCGUUUUUGGGUAAUGUCACAAACAACGAGACCAACACACUUUGUGUGAACACCACGUCGCAACUCUUCAUGCCCCCGAUGCUGUAUAUGCUGGCCGAUGACAUUGAGGCAAAGGCAAGGGCGGCAAAUGAGACCAAAGGAUUGAACGGAACGGUGAUCAACAUUACCAUGGUGGACACCGGGUACGAGGACAAGACCGAGAAGUCCAAGGGGUCCUAUCACGAUCUCCUCCACCUGGGCUCGAAGCCCGCAGUCCUAGACGACAACAAAACCCUGCCAAACAAGACCGACCCUACCAACUUCACUUGGGUUCAGCUCGGCGGCUCGUGGGAAGAGCAUCCAUUCAUCCACGACAACAUCACCUACGCUCUCCAAAACUUUACGAGGGCUUACAUUGAAUGGGCCAACCCGUUCAACUUCGGCCACUACCACACCCGCUAUGAUCCGCACACCUUCACGAUCCCGAUGGAGCUCCGCGGCUCCAUGUUCAUUUACCUUUUCCUCCUAGGCACCGCAGCCCUGAAGGCAAAGUGGCGAUUCCGCCUUGGAGGUCUUCUCUCUGCAUACAGUCUGAUCAUGGGACGGUGGGACAUGGCUACCUUCAUGGGUGGUGUAUUACUUUCAGAGGCGGACAUCAGGAGAGCUGAUGACCGGGGGCUGAUACCACCGGCGACAAGCAGCAAGAACGGUCGCCAAGCCGGUUUUAGACAAUCGGUACUUAGCUCCAGAGGGACUCGCUGGGCUGCGCUUUUCGUCGCUCUCUACCUCCUCUCGUACCCCGAUGCUGGAGCCGAAUGGACGCCAGGCUUCGCGUUCUUGUCGUCCCUCGUGCCGAGAUACUACAUCCCCUUGUCAGGCUGGAUGUUUUACCAGGCAAUGGGCGCCCUUCUACUACUUCCCUGCGUUCUACACAGCCCGUUCCUCCGCGGGCUCCUCGAAGGACGGGUGUCACAGUACCUUGGAAAGAUCAGCUUCUCGUUCUAUCUCGUCCACGGCCCAGUGUUGCACAGUCUAGGCUUCUGGAUCAUGCCGAGGCUUUUCGAGCGCCUCGGCCGUAACGGAGGAUUUGUGGUUGGCUGGGUCAUCUUGCUGAGUGUGUCAUUGUAUCUGUCAGACUGGUGGUGCCGGAAGAUUGAUGCCUGGAGCGCGACUGUCGGAAGGAAUGUUGAGAAGAUGAUGAAGGAGUGA